UUUAAAUAUUAUACUACUUCCGUUCUUAAAUAAGUGCAACAUACCAAAUUUUACACUAUUUACAUGUUCUACAUUGAUUACAUUUUAUUUAUUGAUGUAUUAAUAUAUAUUUUUGAAAAAAUUAUUACCAAAUUGGUCUCAUGGUAAAUUUUCAAAAUCUGAUUUUUAAAUUUUUUUUUACUAAUAAAGAGUUAUAUUUAUUAAUGGUCAAAAUUGUGUCUCGACAAAUGUGAAAUGUUGACUGUUGCACUUAUUUAAGAACGGAAGUACUUUUGAGUUCUCAUUAAUCUAGAUAUUGUACUUCCCCGCCAAAAGAACUCAUUCAAACGCUUGAGCGGUAAGCAAUCAAUAGCGUAUGUCUAUAAAUUCUAUAUCCAGCUGACGAGUCUGUUAGUGCGGCUUCCAAAUUCAUGCCAUCUGCAACCACAGUCAUCUCCAUUUCCGUUCAUUUCUCGGAAUGAAGCCACCUGAAGUGGAUGCGUAUAUGGAGAUCACUCCUUCGAUGCUUAAAGAUAAGUCUGCUUCUGAUGGCGGAAAGGCCUGCUCAAACUACGCAGCGAACCAUUGCUCUUCUUCCCUCUCGUCUCGGAAUUGGAAAUCUCCAUCUGAUGAUACCUCAUUCUGUGAAGCUGAAGCUAUGGCGACAGAACGCCGACUCUUUCAAUCCAGGUACGUCCUCGAGUACCUCAAGGAGUCUCUCGGGGAAGUCGUUGCGCUCCGCGAGGAAGUCGUUGCGCUUCGCAGUGAGAACGAAGCUCUUCAUCUAGCCAAUGCCGAUUUGGUCCAGCGUCUGAAUCUGCUCUCUCAGGCUAUGAUCCAAAAUGGUCUUCUCUCAGAUUUCAGUAACCUCGGCAUCGGAGUGCAAGCUUCCCCUGUCCGUAACGCUCUCAUCGCAGAAUCAGAUUCUCCCAUCCCCAGGCCACCGCCGGUAGCCAUAGAGCAACACCGGAUCGAAAGAGUGUAUCAAGAGCAAGUCCAGCUUCCAAAGAGCAUUUCAUUACGAUCCAGUGGCUACCUGAAGCUGAAGGCGCAACAUGGUUCAUCCAGCUGCCAGAAUAGCCACCGUGAUACGAAUCAUACGACUAAGCCUCUAGCCCAAUUGCAAAGAGGAUACCUUCCCGGGGCAAAAAAGGUAGAUGAG